CCCCACUAUAUGUUUUAAUGAAUCGGCUAAGAUACAUAUGAGAUCUUCCCACCUGCAUCGAAUCUCAGAUCCCGUGCGAGAACCCCGCAGUCCGGUCCCUUCAUCUAUUAAUUCGACCAGCCAUUUUGCAACCAUCGCAGUGAAAAUAUGCAGGGCAACUUCAUCGACAACUCCAUAACCUAUCGUCUUGACUUGAACGAGUCCCGAAGCCUUGGUUGCCAGCCGGUGCUGUAUGCGAAUGGUGGCUCUGUAUUUAUAUAUCAAGUUGGAAAGGGCAAAUGGGAAACAAGCGACGAUCACACCAAGCCUGCAUCAAUGCCUCUGACAUGUAUAUACCAUCUGCUCGAUUCUAGCCCUGAGUGCUGCCGCCACGACUUGCUGAUUGUGAUAGUCUCAAAUCAUCAUGCUUUUCUUUUGCAACUAAACCUAUCCAUAGUAGAAACAAGUGUGUUGUCUGCUGCCCUCGAUCUUAAUCAAGGUCUGCCCAUUCAUAUUCCUCCUCGACGAAAAGAUACUUUUUCUAGCUUCGUAGCUCCAACACCACCUUUUCCCAUAAUGUUUUCCUUUUAGAGACAUUUAUCACACUUGAUAUUAUGCUCUGCCCGAAAACCUUCGAUGCAGUUUGAUUCAUUAGUCCACGAUGUGUGAACAGGCGUAUAGGCCUUGAAUAAUUCAAUGAAUGUGGCGCUGAUGAUCUAAAAGUCCAAGACUGCCAGCGUCGAAUUCUUGACAUUAUACGCUUUCGAAUCGCUAGGGUAUUUUCCAAGUACUGGAACAAUGUGUAAGCAUCGCGAUCAAUAGAUGCAGCUCAGUACAAGCAUGACAACGCCAUGAUUUUUCCAUGGGCUUCAGGCGAAAACAUCUAUUCCAUC